ACUGUACCUUGUUUCUUAGCAUGUCUAUAAAGGGGUUUUUUUUUUCCCCUCUUUUCCUCGAAGACCAAGAAUUAUCAUAGAAUCGGGGGUUUUGGGUUGGGGAUGAUGGCGGUUGAUACCGGUACCGUGCCGUGCCGUACUCGUACUUUGUGUGCCACUCACGUGAUCUUGAUUUUUAGCCAAGCAGAACGCGUCCACAUGGGCGAUCCUCCGGAGAUGACGUUCUGAACUUGAGCAAACUUUACAGAUUUCCUUUCCUUUCCUUUCCUCUCCUAUUCCGACCGCCCCUAAAUUUGCUUGUCCAGACGACUUGGUGCCAUGUCUUUCAGGGCAUCACAGUUGGAUCUUGAGCCGAUACUCGUCGGACUGAAUAAUGCCCAACGACUAGCGGUGACGAACCCGUCGUCUGUGGUACAGAUACUUGCCCCACGUACCAUACCCUUUUUAUCUUCCUUCCUGGAUGCUCUGGACUGACCGAGCAAUAGCUGGUUCCGGUAAAACUAGAACAUUGACGUCUCGCGUUGCAUGGCUGCUAUGUCCUCCCCAGUCGUUGGAUCCCCGAAAUGUUAUUGUGGCUACUUUCACCGUUAAAGCUGCUCGGGAGAUGAAGGAGCGGAUAUCGAACCUCGUUGGAAAUGGAGUGGAAGGCCGGCUGGUGCUGGGUACUUUCCAUAGCAUAGCUAGGAGGUACUUGGUAAAGUAUGGGCAUCUGGUGGACAUCAAGACCGGGUGGGGAAUUGCGGAUUCCGGUGAUAGUUUGGGAAUUAUCAAGGUGGGUUGUGGCUUCUUGGGAGGGAGGGCGCGAGCACUGAUGUUUGUGCCGCAGAGGAUAAUCAAACGGAGGAAAUCGCCAUUGGAUCCGAGCCAGGUUAGAUCCCGGAUAUCCCAUUUCAAAGCCCGAGAUAGCUCUCCGGCGGCAAAUGCUCUACCGCCCCCUUCGACCGCGGCGGUGCAGCCUACGCAGGCUAAGGUAAGGGACAUUUCUGCCGAGGAUUUCGUUCAGAUUUUCGAGGACUACCAGGGGGCUUUGGAGGCAUCAAACUUGCUCGACUAUGACGACCUGCUACUUCGGUGUCUCGAGCUUCUCAGGCACAACCCGGAAUGCGUUAGUAACGUGCAAGCGGUUCUUAUCGACGAGUUUCAGGAUACGAAUUUGGUCCAGUUUGAAUUAAUGAAGCUACUUGCCUGGAAGCAUGAACGGAUUACAAUUGUUGGGGAUCCGGACCAGAGCAUAUAUGGGUUCCGGGCUGCAGAAAUCCGUAACCUGUCGAGGAUGGCUAGAGCUUACCCGCAGACGCUUGUAGUUCACCUUGAGCAGAAUUAUAGGAGUUCUGCUAGUAUUUUGCUAGCUGCCUUGGAGGUGAUCGAGCAGGAUCAUGAUCGCCCGAAGAAGCCCCUUACUCCCACACAUGCGGUGGGGACUAGGCCGGUUUUGAGAAGAAUUCCGAGCGCUUUUUUGGAGGCAAGUUGGAUAGUCUCGGAGAUUCAGAGGGUUAGAGCUAUGACUGGGGGCAUGGUGGAGCUUGGUGAUAUUGCCAUUCUCGUGCGGUCCGCGAAUUUGACAAGAAAUAUCGAGACGGGCUUUGUGAAAGCCGGAGUGGCAUACAAGAUGGUAGGGGGGUUGAGGUUUUACGAUCGUGUGGAGAUUAAAACCCUUCUAGACUAUCUAAGAGUAGUGCAGAAUCCGGGCAAUAAUGAUGCGCUGGCUAGGAUUGUUAAUACUCCUACGAGAAAGGUUGGGGAUACAACGGUGAAAGCGUUACUUGAUGAGGCCGACGAACGGGCUAGGAGCAUGUGGGAAAUUAUCAGAGCGGGGCUCGGUGGUAUCUGGAAAGAUGUGAAGAUUUCCAAAGCUGCCGAGAAGGGUCUGAGUGACUUUGUGGGAAUUAUUCUAUCCACCCAGAAGCAGCUUGAAGAGGGCAACCAAGGGAAGAGUCUGGUGGAUGUUGUGGAAUUCUUGAUGAGGAAGAUAGGCUAUGAAGACUAUCUCAGAAGGAGCUAUCCCGAAGACUUCGAUGCGAGGUGGUCUAACAUCAGCGAGCUCCUAUCACAGGCGCAAGAGGUGGAGAGGUUGGAUGACGAUGAGGAUAUGCUUCCGGACAUUGAUGGGUUGCCGCAAAGUCAGGUUGAGCAGUGCAGGCUGCAGUUGGUGUUGGAUCGGUUCUUGUCUAAUACAGCACUAGCAAAUGAGGUUAAGGGAGAUGACGAAACUAUCAAGCAAGAACAGGUUACAAUUAGCACCAUUCAUGCUUCCAAAGGUAGCUAGGAUUUGCCGGAUGCUCUGUCGGAACCUUGACUGACAAAUGUGUAGGGUUGGAAUGGCCAAUAGUCUUUAUCCCAGCAGUCUACCAGGGCAGCAUCCCGCAUUCGAGGGCAGAAGAUACGGAUGAGGAGAGAAGAUUACUCUAUGUUGCGAUGACUAGGGCACAGGCACUUUUGUAUAUGUCAUGUCCUCUGAGGAAUUCUCAAAAAGGUGUUGUCGCUUUGUCGGUGGGCUGGCAUAGUACGGACUAACAUCGUUAAACUAGACAAGACGAAGCUCUCGCAAUUCCUCGCACUUCGCUCUAUACAUCCUCUUCUCCACAGCCGUGGACCCACACUUGGGUUUUCUUCCGUCCAAUCUGUUGGCAGAAUUCUUGGCCGGGAGUGUCCUUCGGAGGUUCAGAUCCAGACGGCCGUUGAUAAGAGUGGGAUUGCGUCCACAUUGGAUGACCAAUUUCCUGAUAAGGUUCCCUCAGAGUCUGACAGCGAGAGUGAUGGUCUUGGUGAAGAUGGGGUGCGAUUAAAGGGGAGGAGGCUACAGAGUGAACAAGCUUCUUCCAAAGCAAAUAGGCUUUUAGACGAAGGAUUCAGGCCGGUCAUUUCUCGGGAGAAGCCUGCGGGGAGGAUGGAAAAACCACCCCCUGGGGUGGUGGUGGGGUUUAAAAGUGCGGGUAGCCACAUGCAGGAGCUCAAGGAAACUCGAUUAAAUCAGGAGGCGGAGAGAGCUCGAGUUGAGAAGGAAAAACAAAGGCGCGGUCCCGUGAUAGCUCGGCCACCAAAUAAAGGUGACGGCCUGAUCAGGGGAGGCCCGGCUGCCCUAGCACGGUCGAAUAAAAGACCGGCGGAUCAGGGGGGCUUGCUCAGCUAUUUCGGGCAAAAGGCGCCGAAACUGGCGCGAGAGGUUUUCUCGCCUGCAGUACCUACUGCGACAGAGGUCAUAAGUGACAAAUCGAUGAGGAAUAAGAAUCUUAAGGAACAAAUUGAAGCGCUACCCCAGCCCAAAUUCCCCAUCCGACCUGACCAUCAUAGUGGUGUCAUGUUAUUGAGUUCGUCGCCUGCGCGUGCACCGUCCGAGAGAAAGCGAAAGAAAGAAAUCCUCUCCUCGCCGCUACCGGUGUCAUCCGCCCCAUUUACGGGACAUAUAGAGUUAGCGAGGGUGGAAAGACGCACUGUGGUUGAAGAGACUGCCACCACUAUAGCGCCGGCUGGUGUAAUACAUGGUGCGGCAAACUCAAGGAACACAACUAUCGUGAUAAAUUCAAAUGCUGUAGCUAUGGCGGCGACGGCGGCCCCGAAGAGAAGAACUUUGGGCGUUCGGCGUAGUAUUGGCGAUGGAUGGACAAACAGGGCGAGUGCCAAGCGAUAAAAGGAGCUUGUGGGGAUCGGCAUGUUUUUUGUAUAUUCAUAUCCUGGCGUAAAUAGGUGCGGUGGGGGUUUUGUUUGAAAGGCGGUAAAUAGCUAGGGCCUUGAAUACUAGACGGAUUAUGCGUUGCUGUAACUGCUAUAUAUUCAUACUUUGGGGGUUUAUUAAUUUUGGAGCCUAUGGUAAUUGGAUAUUGCCUGGUGAGUGUCACUUAAAAUGUAUCAUAUAGCCUC